AUGCCAGACUUCGAACAUGAACAUGAAGAAAUGUCAGAUGGAGUUCGAUUUCUAUGCUCACGAGUUCAGUCUUUGAAUAACGACCCAUUACAUUCCGUUGCUUAUUUGAAUAAUCUUGCAUCGUAUCUUGACGGGCCUUAUCAAAAGUCAUCACGAAAAUAUCCCUCAACUCGAGUUGUUAAUUUGCCUGCGAAUAGCAAUGUUUUUCUCAACUCAUAUUCUCUUAAUGGUGCUCAGAGGCCACGGGCCAGGCAAUAUAGCGAUGUUUCUGCAUUCCAGUCUACAAAGGAAGAUUCGGGGACUGAGAUGGUCUUUUUAACCGGCUAUCCAUCCCCACAGUGGCUGAAUACUGUGGUUGCGCGAUAUGGGAUUGAUCAUCGAUUUCUCCAUCGCCAUUUGGAAUUUUUACCGACCGGUCAAAGAGACUGGUUCACUACACCCAGUGUACCGUCACGAUCGCAGCAGUUCAUUCGCCUAGUGGUGCCAUGCAUCGUGUUCACUGGGAAUGAGGGUCGGUUUGUCCCCGCGAAUGAUCUCCAACAGGCUCGGUUUGCAUGUGCGGAGCUCCUGCGACAGAAAUCAAAGAGCUUUUUUGGUGGAGCAGGGGCAUCAACAGGGCAGACUAUUGUACGACAAGUCAACAUUCAUAGUGGUGAGGCGAUGGUGCUGGAGCAUGCGAUUACCAUCAGCGUACACAAGAAAGGCCAAGCAGCCAAGAUCGUCGUCUGGAGCGAUGCAGGAAACGAUUAUGUUCCCGACUACUUGCCGAUUCCCGCCACCGAUGCUUUCAAAAAUCUCGGAAGUGCCUUAGAAUGCUGUCCGGUGUUCUUUGAGAAGCAUAUUCCCAUACCAGUGGAAUCCAGAAAUCAGACAUGCUGCUGUCGGGGCAAUGCACAAGCCUUAUCGGUUUUGUCCAGUAACUAUGGACAUACUCUAAGCUGGAGUGCACUACAGGAUGACCCAGUUCUCGUUCUCGAGGAGUUAUUCGCCUUCCAGUCAGCCGCCGCGAUGCAAUACCUGAACAUGCUGCGAAAUGACAUAACACAAGCCAUGUAUCGAACUCAAAAGAUGAAUGUUGAAUCGUUAAAUAUAGACGAUAUUGCGAACUUCGAAUACACAAAAGCAGUCCUGGUCCGAUGGGCCUCGCACUUCCGGGGACUGAGCCAGGCCCUAGAUCCCGACUCUCCUGGGAAUCCCAUCGCCCCAUUAACUCAUCAGACCAAGCGGCGAGAUCUACUGACCCUAGCCAGGGGAGAUCUUGCCUGUCUUUCUGCUGAAGCUCAGGUUCUAAUAGAAUUAUGCGAUAGUGGGAAGAGUACUAUAAUGACCAAUUUCUCUAUUGCGGAGUCAAAACGCACGGCUGAGGAAUCGCGGCUAGUGGGAGAGCUUACCAAACUGACCAACAGAUUGACUUUCAUAUUCCUGCCAAUCUCGUUUGUGACCUCAGUAUUUGGGAUGAACUUCAAGCAGUUCGGACAAGGGUCUCUGGAUAUCUGGAUUUGGGUGGCCGUUUCAGUCCCCUUGCUUAUGGUCUGUGUGAUUCUUGUGGAGUGGAGGAUUUCAGUUCGAGCACUUGUCGAAAAGCUUCUGGCAAAGGUACGACAGGCUCAUACAUGA